AUGGUGGGCGCAUUGCAGGUUAACAUGGGGAGUAAACUAGAAAUCCUAGCAAUUUCAAUGCUCUUGUCAACCCUUUUCUACACUCCGGUAUUUUCCACAUCAACUGAUGGGCUUGUUAGGAUUGGACUGAAAAAAGUGAAAACCGAACGAACAGAUGAUAUAGCUUCCCUCCUUGCUUUGAAUAAUGGUGAUUAUAACUUAAAGACGUUUAUAAGGAAGUAUAGACAAAGUUCAAAAAAUCUUGGUGAUUCCGAAGACUCUGAUAUUGUAGCAUUAAAGAACUAUAUGGAUGCUCAAUAUUUUGGUGAAAUAGGCAUUGGUACCCCACCUCAGAAGUUCAAAGUCGUAUUUGACACGGGUAGUUCUAACUUGUGGGUUCCAUCGUCUGAAUGUUCAUAUUCUGUAUCUUGCUAUUUCCACACAAAAUACCAGUCAAGUCUGUCAAGCACCUACAUAAAGAAUGGAAAACAUGCUAUUAUUGAAUAUGGAGGUGAAUCAAUAUCAGGGUAUUUUAGUGAAGACAACAUCAAAAUCGGAAAUAUUGUUAUCGAGGAUCAGGAGUUCAUUGAGGUAACAAGGGAGCCAGGAUUUACAUUUUUAGGAGGAAAAUUUGAUGGUAUCCUUGGGCUUGGAUUCAAAGAGAACUCAAUUGAUAAUUCUAUCCCAGUAUGGGACAACAUGAUCAAUCAACAUCUACUUAAGGAGCCCGUCUUUUCAUUUUGGUUGAACCAACACAAUAGAGGGGGUGAAGGAGGCGAAAUUAUCUUUGGUGGGGUUGAUCCAAAUCACUACCAGGGUAUGCAUACAUACGUUCCAGUUACUCAAAAAGGGUAUUGGCAGAUCGAUAUGGGAGAUGUCCUUAUUAAAGGGAAACCGACUGGGUUUUGUAAGGACGGAUGUUCGGCUAUUGUUGAUUCUGGAAUAUCCUUUCUAGCUGGUCCAAGAAAUGUGAUCGCGCAGAUUAAUAGUGCCAUCGGGGCUCAAGGAUUGAUUAAGGAGCAAUGCAACAUGCUUGUUAAUACAUUUGGACACAAUAUAUUUGGGUUGUUAUCAGCAGCGAUUGAUCCAAAGAUAAUAUGCCCCAUCAUUGCAUUCUGUUUUAGUGAUGGAAAACGCGAUGUUAGUAUUGGCAUUAAGAGUGUCGUAGAUAGGAGUGAUGGUGUAUCAGCUGUAUCCGCAACCACCCCAAAUUGCGUUAUUUGUAAAACAAUAGUGAACUUUAUGCAUAAAGCGAUUGCGGGCAACUUGACGCAAGAAACUAUUAUAAAGCUUGCUGGCAAUCUAUGUGCCCUUGUGCCAAACCCAGUAGGAGAGUCUACAAUUGACUGUGCUAGACUUUCAUCUCUACCUACCAUUUCGUUUACCAUUGGUGGAAAAGAAUUCCAACUUUCGCCUUAUGAGUACAUAAUUAAAACGGACGAGGGUGAUAAGGAGCAGUGCAUUAGUGGAUUCGUGGCUUUGGAUAUUCCUCCUUCCGGUGGCCCACUGUGGAUAUUGGGAGAUUUGUUUAUGCGUCGUUACCACACUAUAUUUGAUUAUGGCAAUCUCAGAGUUGGAUUUGCAGAAGCCGCAUAA